UUCCUCGCUCCGUUCGAGUGAAGAAGAGUCAGAAUUAGCAUCCCGUCCAUCCUGCCUGUUAGAAUCGCGGAGAAAACGGCUUUUACGGACAGAAACGGGGUUAGGUUUUGGUGACAAUAAUUUCUCGGACUCCCGGAAGAGCCGCCAUGUCUGCUCCUAAAAAAGGAGACCUGUCUGCGCGGGAAAAGGAGCUGUUUGAGGUGAUCAGCGCCGGAAACGUUCAGGAGGCCUCCAGGCUGCUGGGCUGUAAGGACGUCCGGGUCAACUGUCUGGAUGAGUACGGGAUGACGCCGCUCAUGCACGCCGCCUACAAAGGCAAGGCGGACAUGUGCCGGCUGCUGCUGCAGCACGGCGCCGACGUGAACUGUAACCAGCACGAGCACGGCUACACGGCGCUGAUGUUCGCCGGCCUGUCAGGGAAGACCGACAUCACCUGGAUGAUGCUGGACGCCGGCGCCGAAACAGACGUGACCAACUCCGUGGGGCGGACGGCGGCGCAGAUGGCGGCUUUUGUCGGCCAGCACGACUGCGUCACCGUCAUCAACAACUUCUUCUCGCGCGCCCGGCUGGACUAUUACACCAAAGCGCAGGGUCUGGAGAAGGAGCCCAAACUGCCGUCCAAACUGGCCGGGCCGCUCCACAAGAUCAUCAUGAGCACCAACCUGAACCCCGUCAGGAUGGUCCUGCUGGUGAAGGAGAACCCGCUGCUGGCGGAGGCGGAGCCUCUGGACAAGUGCCGGCGGGUGAUGGAGCUGAUCUGUGAGAAGUGCAUCAAGCAGCAGGACAUGAACGAGGUCCUGGCCAUGAAGAUGCACUUCAUCAGCUGCGUGCUGGGGAAGUGCGCCUCCUUCCUGAAGGAGCGCGAGGACGGGCUGGACGGGCUGGUCAGGAGUCUGCUGAAAGGCCGGGACGCCGACGGCUUCCCCGUCUACCAGGAGAAGUUCGUGCGGGAGUGUAUCCGGAAGUUUCCGUACUGCGACGCCACGCUGCUGCAGCAGCUGGUGAGGAGCAUCGCCCCCGUGGAGAUCGGCAACGACCCCACGGCGCUGUCGGUGCUGACUCAGGCCAUCACGGGCCAGGUCGGCUUCAUGGACGCCGAGUUCUGCACCACCUGCGGCGAGAAGGGAGCCCAGAAGAGGUGCUCCAUCUGUAAAACGGUGAUCUACUGCGGCCAAACCUGCCAGAAGAUGCACUGGUUCACCCACAAGAAGGUCUGUAAGAAGCUGCAGGAGCAGCGAGAGAAACAGGAAGCUGAAGCAGCCAAACUGAGGAUGCAGCAGAGCAAAGAGGAGAGCCGAGCCGCUCAGGAAGCUGCCGACUCCAUGCAGCAGCUCUCCGUGGAGACCAGCGGCGAGGCUGCAGAAACGCCGGAGCCCGCCUCCGUCCCGGCAGACGACCACUGAGGAGAAUCCGGAGGUUUCCAGGAGGAAAACAGCCGCCGAGGGACCGGCGCUGCACGGCGCCUCGCCGCCGUCUGCUUUCCAAACGGUCCCUUCAUUCGUGUUCGUGGGACGUCCUCACUCUGAAGACGGAGUCGAACUGCCUUAAAACCGGAGCGAACUGCAGGAACCGGACGGCGAUGGGACAGACGUCUGAACGUGAGGGCGCCGUUCUACCACAGCGCUCAGGUUCUGGAGAACUGAUGUUUGUGACAGCUCCUCGCUGUGGCGCCGUAGGUCCACCUUCAUGCAGCACGAGCGAGAGGGAAGUCCAAACCUGUGGAGCGUUCUGUUCCUGUCAUCAGAAUAAAGACCAACUUCACCACCUGAA